AGGAGUGAUGUUCAUCGAUAUAACCAUAUUGGGUUUAGCGCUAGUUGCUCUCUUCAGCACCACAAUAAUCUCGCAACUCCAGUCGACAUCAGAAGAAAUUACCUUACUCUUCACACAUGCUGACAAUUUGCUUGGCUAGACCCCUCAUCUACGAAAUUAGAAUGCCAACAUGAAGCAACUGCUUUGGGGUUCCAGCUCGAGACACCGACCUUCUCCGUCGACAUGACCAGUAUCGCACUGUUCGCCGAAUACUUGCUUCGCAUCCGCACCCUGAGCCUCUACAUUUCCCUCGCGACGUCGCACACGGAGGAGACGAAGGCAACAUUGUCCGCCGACCGAGAGCAUGUCACCGUCACGCACGAAGGCGAGAGCGCCACCAUCCGACUACCCACCAGGAUCCGCGGGGGUGGUGAAGCUGCUCUAACCCUACCCGAUGUGAGGGAGCAGGGACUCGGGAGCAAAGAACUAACCCUAAGGCUUGCACUGGAAGAGAGAGAAGGCGAGGAAGGACAGCUUAUACCUCGAGGGGAUGGGGACGCAGAGAACGUGGUGCCGUGGGAUGCACAGUCCCUGGCAAAUGUGAAGGCGAUCGCGUGCAAGGGCUGCGGGAACCCCUUGCUUCAAGGAACUUCCAUAACGUCCCCGUCUUCAAAAGAUGGCCUGAAUGACUGGAACGAUCUGCCGAGUGAAAACUGGGCGGAGAUGAUGGACUUCUGGCACUGUCACAAACCCGACCCCGAUCAUGGAGUCGGCAAUGCCGGAUCGACGAAAGGCUACGCUGCUGCGAACAAGGUCAGAGCCCAGAAAAGCGUAGGUCUGGUAGGCCUUGGACAUUUGCUAUUUCAUGGACCGGAUUGUCGAGGGGUAAGGAUAGAUGAACAAGGAAACAAUCAACACUUGCUCUGCGAAUCGUGUAGGAGCCCCCUUGGAGUCGUUGAUGAAAUGGCCGAAGGCUUCAAGAUAUUCAAAUGGGCAGUCUCAGUUUCGUCCCCAAAUUUAACCGCACCGUUCUUUAAGACUCAGAAAUGGGCGGCAGCCACACUGCUUCAUGAGGUUGAAACAACGGGCGUGCGAAAGUACAUAGUCAAGGAAGAGGAUUCCAGUGCCGGGCAAGAAAGACUUCUGGUUUGGAUAUUCACCCCCGACCUCUACUUCUCCAGCAGCGUUUCCAGCACGCACCGGUCUGACCCAACUCGCGCCAUGAAGGUUUUGUGGCAACCACUUCGCAGGGACGCAUACCAUGCCCCGGAAUAUAAAUCCACCGAGGAAAUGGAGUUACCGACGUCCCUGUACACGACGCUGGAGAGGACUUUGAAGGGGAGCGUCCAGUUGCUUCCGCGGUCCGCACGCGACUCCGCACCAGCUGGAUGGAGCCUGGGGAUGGUGGAACGGUUCAAACAUAGCGACAUAUCGUGAACGGCAUGCUGUCCGCUCGCCAUUCGAAGAAGGUACUCGGGACAGGAACAUUCACAAUUCGUGCGGGAGCUAGAUCAUAUAUCCACAGGCACUACUCCCGCCAAUAUAGCAUGGAACCAUCCG